AUAUUCAUCCAAGCAAUUAUCUCAACUUAACUGAGAAAUGUUGUCCAAUAUGAAAGUCUCUGGAUUUCAAGUCUUGUGCUUCCUUCUCUUUUUAUAUGUCUCCCAUGGCGAAGCUUGGCGUCGUUAUAAUCAUAUAUCCCAAGAUAGGAGAUACAUACCCCUUUCCUAAACCUGCAGCAGAAUUCCCCAUUUUAUUAGGGGAGUGGUGGAAAGAAUCAAUAGCGGAAGAAAACAACAUUGUCCAAUCCGGAAACGACCCAAAUACUUCUGAUGCUUACACCAUCAAUGGCCAGCCAGGCGAUCUCUACAACUGCUCUAAAUCAGAAACAUUUAAUAUCACAGUUAGUAAAGGUUUGACAUAUCUCUUACGCAUAAUCAAUUCCGCAUUGCAAGAUGUGCUCUUCUUCUCCAUAGCCGACCACAAUGUCACUGUAGUUGCAUCUGACGCUAGCUACCUCAAGCCAUUCUCGUCAAGCUUCAUAGCAAUAUCUCCUGGCCAAACAAUUGAUGUGCUUUUGAAAGCUAACCAAAGUCCCAACCACUAUUACAUGGCUGCCAGUGUUUACACUGGCGUUCGUGCCGCUGCCAAUACGGACAAUACCACCACCACAGCCAUCAUAAAAUAUAGUGGGAAAUAUACUCCAUCUUCAUCGCCGAUAUUCUCUUCUCUUCCUGACUACAAUGAUACAACAUCAUUUCUUAACUUUACCAAUAGUUUCCGGAGCUUAGCUGAUAAAAAACAUCCAAUUGAUGUUCCAACAGUAGUCGACGUAAGCUUGGACUAUUUAUUUUUAGUGAACCUUGGAUUUUCGACACGAGUGGCUAGCGUCAACAAUGUUAGCUUCGUCAAUCCAUCCAUUGAUGUAUUACAAGCUUAUUAUUACGGUAUCAAUGGGGUGUAUGACACAUCAUUUCCUGACACUACUCUACAACUGCUGAUACGUAAGACAAAGGUGAAGGUACUUGACUACAAUUCCACAGUGGAGAUUGUUUUUCGGACUACUGACCUUGCAGGCAGCUCCCAUCCGAUACAUCUUCAUGGAUAUAGUUUUUAUGUCGUGGGAUCGGGUACGGGUACUUUCGAUAAUGAGACGGAUCCCUCAACGUAUAAUCUGGUUGAUCCUCCUUUUCAAAAUACUAUUGCUGUUCCUGUACAGGGCUGGACCACCAUUAGAUUCAAAGCCAAUAAUCCAGGGGUGUGGUUUAUGCAUUGCCAUUUUGAUCGACACACUGUAUGGGGCAUGGAUACAGUGUUCAUAGUCAAGAAUGGUAAUUCUAAAAAUGGAAAAUUGUCACCACCACCCCCCGAUAUGCCUCCGUGUUAAGAUUGUCUCUGGAUAUUAUCUUGAAGGUUGUCAAUUGUUUGCAUCUAAGAUUACUACUCCCUUGUGAAUUUUGCAAUGGAGUUAAUAUUGUAUUAAAAAAAUUUUAUCUCU